AUGUCUCUUGCUGAAUGGGGCCGAAAGGAUCUCACCCUUUCAGAGUACGAGAUGCCUGGCUUGAUGGCUUGUCGCGAGAAAUAUGCGGGAAGACUGGAAGGGGCUAGAAUUAGUGGUUCCUUGCACAUGACGGUUCAGACAGCUGUGCUCAUUGAGACACUGAAGGCUUGCGGAGCUAAACUGCGAUGGUGUUCUUGCAACAUCUUUUCUACUCAGGAUCAUGCUGCUGCUGCGAUUGCUGCUGCGAAGUCUGCUGCGGUUUAUGCCUGGAAAGGAGAGACCUUGAGCGAGUAUUGGGAGUGCACCUUGAAGGCUGUUUGUUGGCCUUGUGAAGAUGGUUCUGUGUGUGGUCCUGAUCUUAUUGUGGAUGACGGAGGCGAUAUGACUCUGAUGAUUCAUGAAGGUGCUAAGUGGGAGGCUCUCUACGAAAAAGAUGGAACUCUGCCUGAUCCUGAUGCUGUUGAGGGAGAGGACUUUAAGUGCCUCCUGGCUCUUCUCCGUCGUGAGAUUCCUAAGAAUUGCCAUCUCUGGAGAUCAAUUGCUGCCAAGUGUCUUGGUGUGUCGGAGGAGACAACAACGGGCGUUUUGCGAUUGUACCAAAUGGAGAAGGAGCACUCUUUGCUGUUCCCCGCUAUUAAUGUGAAUGACAGCGUGACAAAGUCCAAGUUCGACAAUAUUUAUGGCUGCCGACACUCUCUUCCUGAUGGAAUUAUGCGUGCCACCGAUGUUAUGAUCGCUGGUAAGCGAGUUUUGGUGUGCGGUUAUGGUGAUGUGGGUAAGGGUUGUGCGGAAGCCAUGGUCGCUGCGGGAGCUAUUGUGUGUGUGACUGAAGUGGAUCCGAUUUGUGCCCUUCAGGCGUACAUGCAUGGCAUUCGUGUUGUGCGCUUGGCUUCGGUUGUGGACGAAAUCGAUAUCUUUGUGACUUGCACUGGAAACAAGAAGAUUAUUAUGGCUGAGGAUAUGAAGAGAAUGAAGAACAACGCCAUCGUCUGCAACAUUGGUCAUUUCGAUAAUGAGAUUGAUAUGGCGGGACUCUAUGCCAUGAAAGACGUGAAGAGAGAAAACAUUAAGCCUCAGGUUGAUCGUUUCGUGUUCCCUGAUGGUCAUGGUGUGAUUGUGCUUGCGGAGGGCCGACUGGUGAAUCUUGGUUGUGCUACUGGACAUCCUAGUUUUGUGAUGAGCAAUUCAUUCACGAAUCAGGUUCUUGCCCAGAUCUCUCUCUGGGACAACCAGAAGACUCAGCAAUACGAGCGUGGCCAUCUGUAUACUCUUCCGAAGGAGCUGGAUGAGAUGGUAGCUCGUUUGCAUUUGGAGAAGCUUGGAUGUGAGCUCACCGAGUUGACUCAGGAGCAGGCUGAUUACAUUGGUGUGCCGAUUCAGGGUCCUUACAAGGGAGACAACUAUCGUUAUUAA